AUGAACAUAGAGGACGCACUGGAGCAACAAAACGAGAUCGUCUCACAAAAUCUUGCUAUACAGCUCGUCAAUUUGGAAGCAUCACUCCUAUUCAAUCGCGUGGAAGCUCCAAAAAUUAUUGAUAAUAUUGUGGAUUUAGCACAAAAAAUUCCUAAUCAGCAAGCAUACCAAGAAUCAGCCAAAUUGUUUGCAGAAAACAUGAAAUAUGCGAGCGUUUUCAGAAAGCGAGAGAGUUGUCGAAAAAUUUCCAAACUGAAUUUGACAACGAAAGUCAUUAUAAUCCAGCAAUUUCUUGCUACUGGACUGACGACAUUUCCCAUGGAGUUGUGUCUCUCAAAAAGGAGUCGGACAGGAACUGUCGCUCAAGGAAUUUGGAGUUUCCAAAAACCACGAACACACAUGGCUAUGGCGUUCGGGUUAAACAAGAAUGGACGUCUGGGAAUAGGAUCUGAGGAAGAGUGGGUGGAUGUUUUGACUCCAGUGGAACUGUCUGACUCCAGUGGACCUGUAGAGAUUAACCAAGUCUUCAUAGGACCAAACCAUACUAUCAUUCAAUCAAAGAAUGGUAAUCUCUACGGUUGCGGAAUCAAAUCCAAUUUUUUGAGUAAAACUUCGAACUCGGAGAAAAUUGCUACGACUCCAAUUGACAUCAGGUCCAUUUGUAAAUGUUUGGAUGAUCAGGAGAUCACUCUCGGAGAAACAUAUACCAAAUUCGAGAAGUAUGAUAAAAACACAUCACUAAUUGUUGGAACGGACCCAUUUGUGUAUUCGGAGCAUAACUGGUCAGGUGGCACCAACCUCACUUUUGUGAACAGAAGACCGAAAACGAAGGAAUAUCAAGAAAUUGAAGUGGAAACUUAUGAAAAGCAGAAAAGAAAGAUCAAAGUUCGUAACGAUUGUCUCUGGGUUGACAGAGACGGAAGAAAACCUGACAUUGCGUUUAUUGUCAAUGGAUCUCGCGUGCAUUACAAAAAGUUGAUGAACAACUUCAAAAUAAGUUCUGCAGGAGAGGCGUUUGCUCUCAUCGAUCACAAUGUACAUAAAGGACGAUUCGUGAUUAUGCCAAGAAAAGCAAGAAAUGAUGGUUGGAGAAAUAAUGGAAGAGGUGAAUGGGCUGAUGAAAGCGAUGAAGUUCUCUUAUGUAUUAUGGAAGAAAUAGCUCUUCCUUAUGCAUUCGAUGGACUUGCAGUUUCGGAUGAUGGACAAUCGUUGAUUGCAUGGGCCAACUUCCAGUAUUCUCCAGAGUCCUACUUCAAAAAAUAUCGAGCGUAUGAACGUUGCACAUGUCUCCACGUGCCAACGGAAGACACACGCUAUGACGGAGAGGAGCUUGUCCGUUUAUACAAACGGACAGUUGAGACUGACAUCAAGAGAAUGGGCGGUUUUCAUCUGAAUUCCGGGCACCCGAAAUACAAGUGUUUGCUUCGAGGACUACGUGCACUCAUUCAUUUUUUGAAAGUGGACGAAAGAACGGGAGUGUCUGAAGUUUUGCUGAAAACCUUUCCUAAAAACCAGCAACCAGGCGUAAAUCCUCUCGAAGACGAAUUCGAAACGGCUAUUCAGGAAGCAAGUAAACUUCCAAUACUGGUCACAAAGUCGGAUAUCAAUUCGGAAGAAAGAGAGAAGGAAAUGAGACAUGAGUGCAGGCUGCAAUACCUCAAACUCCACCAAAAAGCCCAAACUCUUGUUGAAAAUCUUGCAACAGUUCCAUUCCAUGAUGACAGGACGCCUAUUAUUUUUGCCUGUGUCGCGAAAAUAAUAAAAUCGAUUGCUCUCCACGACUUCGAACGUAUUGAUCCCAAGAAAGGAUACAUUCAACCAAGAAGCGGCCGGUUCAAUAGUUAUCAUUGUGAAGAAUCGUUAAAAAUAAGAAAGAAGUCAGAUGAGCCGGGGCUGAACUUGGAAUUGAUUCGGGUCGAAGCUGCUCCAAUCAUUGCGUCUAACAGUGUUGGGGACGACAUGUGCUUCCAUGACGUCUACCAUAUCUACACAACUGAAUUUCAUAUUAGGUGUAUUGAUGCUUCUUUGUUGGAGCACGUUGGCGAAUACCGGGUGCUCAAUUUGAACCUGGCGUGUCUCAAUGACCCAGAUCAUUAUCGUUUCUUGGAACUGCUCGAUUCAUUUUUCUUGAUUCGGGACGAUAUAAUUCACCUGAAAACGUUUGACAGAGUUCUUGGCGUGGAACAAGAAACUGGCUCACUUCCAGAAAAUGAAAAAUACUCCAUCCGUACAUUAAAUGAGAACAUUACACAAGUCCCAAAAUAUCUGUUUGAGCUCUAUUCCGAAUACGAUUCGAGACGGAAAGAAUAUGUGAUUGAUCCUCACGCUCGCAAUUUCUUCUCACUGAGUUUUACGGAGGACGCGUUGAAACUUUUGGUGAACUGUUUGAUCGAUGUGAGAGUGUUUUUCAGGGCGAACAUGAAGUUGAAAAUCGAAACGUUCGCUCUUGCCAAGUACCUUCUAAUGCGUCAUAUUUGGGACGAACUUCGACUGAUGAUUAUUUUAUCUGCCGAGGAAAAAGAUUUCGAUUGCAUCGGAGAUUUACUCCAACACGAUGAAGAACGAGACGCGUUAAUUCCGCUCAUAGCACGUUGGCGGCCAGAAAUCAUCAUCUUCUGGAAGGAAUUUCAAUCAAACGUGCCUCUCUCAAUUAUCCAUCUAAUUGCAGCCGAAAUCGAUAAUACUCGAUACAAAAGAAUCCAGGAGGUUCCCAACAAGUAUAUGCCCAUCGUUGCACUGUUAGAUGAAAAUGUCGACAAUGAGAUAAUAUCGGAAAGAGCUCUAACAAAAUAUUUAUGCCACCCGGGAGAUGAUGAGACAGUCAAAAAUGAGUGUAGAAGAGCUGUUCAGAGCUGGAAUUCAUAG